AGCAGAUGGUCUGAGCUGCACAAUAACACCUACUGCCCCACCAACUGUUGCUCCCCCUACUACUCCAACUACUGUCCCUCCACCCACAACCAGAACGACCACAAUUUCCAUGACAACACCGACCACACAGCCCCCCACACCUGCUACUAUAUGUGGGCCAAGUCUUUUCACAGGUGCCUCUGGAAGCUUCCAAACACCUGCCUGGCCCACGACCUAUCCCUUAAAUUUUAACUGUGAAUGGAACAUCCAAGUUCCUUCUCCAGGAUGCAAUGUUCGCCUCACAUUUGAUGAUUUAGCUUUUGGGAUAGCUGGAAAAACAACUGAAAACUGUCCCAAAGAUUAUUUGAAGAUCCACGAUACUACCGGCUUAAUUCACACCAUUUGUGAUCUUGGUAGACCUUCUCUCAUCACUGCAACUGGCAAUACCACACUAUACUUCUUUGCUGGACCAUAUCAUGGACCAAAACGUACGGGAUUCAGGAUUGAGUACACGAUAGUUUGUCCAAGCACUCCCCCGCCUACCACCAGGCCAACUACAGUAGCCACGACAUCACCAGGUCCAACCACUCCCCUACCUACCACCAGGCCAACUACAGUAGCCACGACAUCACCAGAUCCAACCACUCCCCUACCCACCACCAGGCCAACUACUAGAGCCCCUACACCUCCAACCACCAUUGCCCCAACUACACUACCACCACCCACUCCGAAUUGCCCUGUUUUACUAUCCAACCCUCAAGGAAACUUUGCUUGCGGUGGAGUCAUGCCGAUGGGUCAACGUUUCGGACCUGCUAAUCUUCCCUCAGGCGCUAUCACUGGUACAAUUUCAUGCACUUGGAUUACCUUCGGUUCUGCCCAAGUUUGUUUCAAGUAUUUUGAUAUUCCCAACAGUGAGCAAUGCUCGUCUAAUUCUGUUGCGGUGUACGAUGGAUUUAGAAGUGAGGGUCAAUUGAUUGAGAAGAUGUGUGGAGAGAAGUGUACCGAUCACAUAGUCCCAGGGAUAGGAAGUAUCUUGACUGUGAUUCUGGAGGUGUCUUCCCCAGGAUCGUUCAGAGGAUUUUAUGCACAAUUUGAAAAGCUAGAGGACUAACAUUUUAUUCAGUCUGUAGCAAUAUUCACAUUUGUUGAUCAAACAAUUACUGGAAGCAUGCAUGAUUAUAAAUACUAUUCAUAAAAGCUGAAAGUGUCAUAGUACUAAUAUGUAAGCCGUAGAUGUACCUAGUUGGGAGGUCAAUUUUUGGGUGAGAAGGUUUGUACAUGCAUAAUAUAUAUAAGGCAUGCAGGAGACAGACAUGCAAGCAAAGCUCUAUAACAUUAUGGUCGAGGACUC